UCAUUUGAUAUUAACGACACACGUCGCGUCUCGCACCGCAUCUUUCUUUGUGAAUCUGACAGUGACAUACGUGCAGACUGGAGUCUUAGUGGUAUUUGACAAUUCAUAAUUCAAAACAAGUACCUAACUUGAAAAAGUAUGAAAACAUAACAAUAAACUGUGUUAAAAAAAAAGGAAUGAUUAAAUUUAUAAAGAGGAGAUAAAUAAUGGAACUCCUUGAAACGAAUACACAUGCAGAAAAUCAUAUUUACUGCUUGGGGUGUUAUAUAGUAUUAAAUUCAAGUUCUUUAAAUUACGACUACCAUAUAAAUAACGAAGCAUUAAUAUCAAUACUAAAGCGAAAUGUUUUGCAACUUUGUGAUAUUUGUAAAGAAGAAGCACGGGCGACGGAAAAUUUCCUAAGAAAAGUAAAAAAUAAUCUUAUUAUCUUAGAGAAAAGCACAAGUAAUGAAACACUACCUUCUAAGAUCAAUGAUAAUGAAUUAUUAAUCCUAGAUGAAGAUAAGGAAAAACUGGUUAAUUUAGAUUAUGCCGUGAAGGUGAAAAAGGAGGAGCCUUCGUCUGAUGCUGAAGAUUUUGAUCAUGAUUAUGAGAGUCUUAGCAAUCAAGCCAAUGAAAUUAUAAUUGAAAUAAAAAAAGAGGAUGGCCGUAGUAAAAAUUCCGGUUUAAAGAAAAGUCUUCAGACCAAGUUGAGGAGAUUGAAGAAAAAAAAUGAAAUUUAUUUUCAUAAUAACUUAUCAGAAAAAGUUCUUAUUAUAUCUGUUAGUCGUACCCAAUGUUUGAAGGACAGAGAGAAAAUGCUCAAAGGGCACAAGUUUCUGAACUCAAAGUACAAAUGUAAGAACUGCGUCAAAGGGUUCAGUUUUGGGUCAGUUUUUGAAAAACACUUAUUGAAACAUGACAAGGCAAGUGGUGCUCAUGAGUGUGAUAUAUGCAAGCUGAGAUUUAAAACCAAAGAGAAACUGAUCUGCCACAUGAGAUAUCAUCAAAGACGAUACAAGUGUAUUGAAUGCGACUUCGUCCGCGUUUGCAGACAGACUGUGGUCGACCAUUAUCUCUGCAGUCAUAAAAAGCAAGAAGCUGGUUUGUUUCCGUGUCAAUUUUGCUCCAAGAUAUUCAAAUGUCAUUCGUAUCGGCGCAAGCACAUAUUCUAUAAACACAAGAGUAACCAAGAGGUGGUCUGCGAUUACUGUCAGAAAACAUACGCCAAUAAGGAUGUGUUGAGAGGGCAUAUGAUCACUAAACACCUGAGUGAAGUUUCAAACGCCGAGAAACCGCAGCUAAAGCACGUUUGCACUGAAUGUGGAAAGGCGUUCCAUGCGCCGUCGUCAUUGAAGAACCACAUGAUCAAACAUACAUCGGGAAGGAAUUAUUACUGUGUGGAAUGCGAUAAAGCCUUCAAAACGGAUCUAGCUUUGAAACGUCAUUGGAAAAUAACCUCUGCACAUGCAGAGUACUCCGAUUUACCCUACAAAUGCGACCACUGUCAUAAGAGGUUCGGUAUAAACCGUGAUCUUGAGCGACACAUGAAUCGAGUACAUCUUAAUAUCAAGCCGUUUACCUGCGACCAUUGUGAUAAGGCGUACGUGAAUGAGUGGUCACUGAAGGACCACAAACGGUUUGCUCACGAGGGACAAAAAAGGCCAAGAAAGUUUCCCUGUAAUAUCUGCGAGAAAGUAUUUGAUCGGAACUCGACACGGAAAGCUCACAUACGAACUCAUACGGGGGAAAGGCCGUAUGUGUGUCCAGAUUGUCCUGCGAAGUUCAAGCAAGCAGGCACGUUAGGAACUCACAUGAAACUCGUGCAUUUAAAACUCACAAGGGAUGGUAGGCCUAAGCAAUCGAUUAAGGGACCUAUAAGCGAAACAUGUUCCCGUGUCAGCAUCUUUUAAGAGCUAUUUCAAAACGCACUGAUGAGCUACACCUUACCCUACUCGAAGGAGAGCACCAGAUGCGUUUACAGAAAAAGCGGGAAUAACAUACCCCUUCAACUUAUCCCUAAUUGUAGAUAUGUGGAUCUGGACCCCUGUGCACGUAUCCUAGCUGUUGCGUGUGUGUAUGUGUGUGUACCUAGCCGAAUUGUGUGCCUACGGGCCCU